AUGGCCAUUCCCCUAUCUCUCAUGCUAGUCAUAGCCAUGCUUUUUCUCUUCUCAUCCAAAAUUUCCUCCGAAUCUGACACCCUCACUCAGUUGCAGCCACUUCACGAUGGAGCCACCUUGGUUUCCAAAGAAGGAACCUUUGAGUUGGGUUUCUUCAGCCCAGGUAGCUCCACAAACCGCUACCUAGGAAUCUGGUUCAAAAACAUUCCACUAAAAACCGUCAUUUGGGUUGCCAACCGCAACUACCCAAUAAUCAACAAGAACACCUCCACCUACACCAACACCAACACCAAGUUAACCAUAACCAAAGAUGGAAACCUCACCCUUCUCACCGCAAACAACACCCAUCACUGGUCAACAAAUGCAACAACGAAAUCAGUGAAUGCAGUAGCACAGCUCUUGGAUUCAGGCAACUUGAUCCUAAGAGAAGAAAAAGACAACACCAAUUCUCAAAACUACUUGUGGCAAAGCUUUGACUAUCCUUCAGAUACACUUUUACCAGGGAUGAAGCUUGGAUGGGAAGUAACAACAGAGGCUCUUAAUCUUAAUAGGUAUCUCACUGCAUGGAACAAUUGGGAAGACCCAUCUUCUGGUCAAUUCGCUUAUGGCGUGGCAAGAAGCAGCAUCCCCGAAAUGCAACUACGGAAUGGCUCAUCAGUGUUCUACAGAAGUGGCCCUUGGAACGGCUUUCGAUUCAGCGCUACACCCAUUCCAAAACACCGUUCAUUGGUGAAUCUUAAUUUUGUGGACACCACCAAAGAGAGUUAUUAUCAGAUUUUCCCGAGGAAUAGGUCAUUGCUUAUAAGAACGGUUGUUAACCAAACCGUUUCCACUCUUCAGCGCUUCUUUUGGGAUGAAGAAAGCCAAAACUGGAAGCUGGAGUUAGUUAUUCCGAGGGAUGAUUUUUGCAGCUAUAACCACUGUGGCUCUUUCGGGUACUGCGCCGUGAAGGAUAACUCCUCAGUGUGCGAGUGUUUACCUGGGUUUGAACCAAAAUCGCCUUGGACUCAAGGGUGUGUACAUAGCAGAAAAACUUGGAUGUGUAAGGAGAAAAAUAAUGACGGUUUCAUUAAGAUUAGUAACAUGAAGGUCCCCGACACAAAAACAUCAUGCAUGAAUAGAAGUAUGACAAUUGAGGAAUGCAAGGCAAAGUGCUGGGAAAAUUGUUCUUGUACGGCUUAUGCUAAUUCAGACAUCACUGAAAGUGGAAGUAGUUAUAGCGGCUGCAUCAUCUGGUUCGGUGAUUUAUUAGACUUGAGACAGAUUCCAGAUGCAGGGCAAGAUCUAUAUGUUAGAAUCGAUAUCUUCAAAGUAGGUUCUACGUGGCUCAAACUGUAUUUCUCCAAUAGAAAUUGA